AUGGAACCUUACUCUUAUACUUGGCUAUUGGUUUUGGGCUUAGUCGUAGCCUUUGCCGAUGGUUUUGGUAUUGGGGCCAAUGAUGUCGCGAAUAGCUUUUCAACUUCAGUUGGUUCUCGCUCACUUACAUUACGGCAAGCUUGUACCAUCGCCUUCUUUACUGAGUUCCUUGGCUCCUUUUUAUUGGGUGCAAAAACUACGGAAACUAUUCGUGGAGACAUUUUGAAUGUCGACAUAUUCGAAGCACAACCCGAAAUACUCAUGUUAUGUAUGGUCUGCGCAUUGUUCGGAUCAGCGACAUGGGUAAUAUUCGCCUCUUCAAAAGGAUGGCCCGUAUCGACUACGCAUUCAAUUGUUGGAGGGAUUAUUGGAGUUGGAAUUGUGGCAUUUGGUCCAGAAGCUGUUGAUUGGUCAUAUGAUGGAGUCGCAAAAAUUGUUACUUCAUGGUUCAUUUCACCUCUUGCAGCUGGUCUCAUAGCUGCUGUUAUCUUCUCAGCAACAAAAUAUUUUGUUCUAGCAUAUCAAGAUACUUCCUUCCAACGCGGUUUAGUCGCCGUACCGGUGUACUUUGGAAUUACGACUGCCGUAAAUGUACUCUUCCUUAUUUAUAAGGGGUCCGACGGAUUAAACCUUGAUAAAGUCCCAAGUCACGUCAUCGCCCCUAUCGUUUUCGGCAUUACUCUUGUAGUGUCAGCUUUUUCUUAUUUUUUCUAUGCACAAUGGUUAAGACGUAAGAUACUAGGAAAUGAAAGGGCUCUUAAAUGGUAUCAUAUUUUUAUUAUUCCAUUCAUUGGACCUCAUCAUUUAAAUGAUUAUGAAAAUGAUGUUACAUUGGGUGGAACGAGUGGAAUAAGUGAAAAAUCAUCGAAAUAUAGCAAGGAUACAAUGGAUAUCGUUGUUGAAGGAAAAUUAUCAAAUGAUGGUUCAAACACGAAAAAGAAAAGUAUCUUCCAUAAAUGGUUUUCCUUGUUUAAUAAAUUUGUUCAAUCUGGUUUAAGUAAAGAAGUAGCUGAUUAUAAGGCAGAUAUUGAUCGGAAGAUGCAUGAUGUUGCUACCAAAUAUGACCCGGAUACUGAAAAACUGUAUUCAUUCCUUCAAGUUAUUACAGCUGCAUUCGCAUCAUUUGCUCAUGGAUCAAAUGAUGUAGCAAAUGCGGUCGGGCCAUUGGCUACAAUCGUUCUCAUUUAUGGAUCCGGUACAGUGGAUCCAUCUGGAAAAGCACCUGUACCGAUUUGGAUUUUAGCUUUGGGUGGUGCUGCUAUUGAUAUUGGGCUUAUAUUUUAUGGUUACCAUGUGAUGCGAUCGCUUGGUAACCGUAUUACAUACCAUUCACCAGCUCGUGGAUUCUCGAUGGAAUUGGGAACAUCACUCACGAUAUUAACGGCUUCAAAAAUGGGACUUCCGGUGUCUACAACACAUUGCAUUACAGGCGCGACUGCCGCCGUUGGUUUAUGUAAUGGAAAAUGGCAAGCGCUUAACUGGAAACUUCUAGCAUGGUGCUUCUUUAGUUGGAUAUUAACCUUGCCGGCAGCCGGAGGCAUUGCUGGUUUAAUAUUCGCUUUUGUAACGUACGCACCAAAACUCAACCCGAUAUAA